CCGGCGGGGAAGCCCUGCCUCGCUGUGGCGCGUCCUGCUCUUUCGGUGCCUGCCUCGCUGCUGCUGCUGCUGCUGCUGCUGCUGUGCAGGUGGCGCGCCUCUUCGCUCUUCCCUUCUCUCCUUCCUUCUGUCCCGCUCGGACCUGUCCAUCUCCAGCCCUGAGGAGGCUCCGGUCCCAGCUGCUCCUCUUCCCUCGCCCAAAGUUUGCCCGCGGGGUCCCCAUUCAUCUCCAGCCUCCACCUGAGAGAAGUCAUCUCGAGUCUCCGCCCGCUCGUGCCAUUGUUCCGAAGAGAACAAAAGUGAGGUCUCUCUCCCUCCUCAGCUUUUUGAGAGAGAGACUGGAGGAAAGGCUCCCUGUAUUGUUCCGGGAUUGUAUUGUUCGCCGCUCGGAAGGGAAAGCAAGGCAAGGCAGCGAAGAAGCCGGGACCCGGGCACCGCCUCUCCUCCUCAUCCCCGAAGCGGCCGCCUCAGGAGGAGCGCAGGCGGAGGGGAGAAGAAGGGCUCCUCGGGGCUCUCCUCGCUCUUUCUCUCGGGGCAGGAGCAGGAGGAUGGGGUUCCUCCCGGGCGGGUGGUGGCUGCUCUGCGUCGCCGCUUCGGCCUCUUCGGCGCGCACCGGCGGAGGGGGCGGCGAGGCGCCCAACAAGGCGAGGAGCUGCUCCGAGCUCCGGCAGCUCUACGGGGCCAAAGGCUUCAGCCCCAGCGGGGUGCCCCAGGCCGAGAUCUCCGGGGAACACUUGAGGAUUUGCCCACAAGGUUAUACUUGCUGUACCAGUGAGAUGGAGGAGAACUUUGCCAACAAGAGCAAGAGUGAAUUUGAAGGGAUGCUGAAAGAGGCCAUGCGCUCAGUGCAAGUUAUCUUAACAGCCCAGUACAAGAACUUUGAUGGUUAUUUCCAGGAUUUGUUGAACAAGUCAGAGAAGGCCCUUUAUGAAACAUUUCCUAAUAUGUAUGGAGAUCUUUACCUCCAGAACGUAAAACUUUUCAAAGACUUAUAUAGUGAACUGAGACGUUACUACCGUGGUUCCAACAUCAACCUUGAAGAGGCCCUCAAUGAGUUUUGGACUCGCCUGCUAGAACGGCUCUUCAAGCUUAUGAAUCCUCAGUACCACCUUCCUGAUGAAUAUGUGGACUGCAUGCUGAAGCAUUCUGAGCAGCACAAACCGUUUGGAGAGGUUCCACGGGACCUGAAGCUGAAGGCAACAAGGGCCUUCAUUGCAGUUCGAUCUUUUGUGCAAGGCCUUGGAGUAGGCAAUGAUGUUGUGCGCAAAGUCUCUCAGGUCCCACUGAGCCAGUAUUGCAGCCGGGCCAUCAUGAAGCUGAUGUAUUGUGCCCAUUGUCGUGGUAUGUCGAAUGUAAAACCGUGUAACAGCUACUGCCGCAAUGUCUUGAAAGGCUGUGUGGCCAAUCAAGCAGACCUUGACCCAGAAUGGAAGAACCUAAUAGAUGCACUGCUCAUGGUAGCUGACCGUUUUGAUGGACCAUCCAAUGUAGACAUAGUCAUUGGUACAAUUCAUACCAGGAUUGCAGAAGCCAUUUCUAACAUGCAAGAGAACAGAGAAUCAAUAACAACAAAGACCUUUCAAGGCUGUGGAAAUCCUAAAAUCAACCCCAAAGCUUCCAACAUUGAAGAUAAAAAGAAGCGGGGAAAAUAUGUCAGUGAAGAUAAACCUUCGCAGCUUAGCUCAGAAAAACUUGUUUCAGAUGCCAAAGGAAAGUUGAGAGAAAUCAGAGACUUCUGGGUAGCCCUUCCAACUACACUUUGCAAUGAAAAAAUCUCAUCUGGUUCUGUGAAUGAAGAAAGGUGCUGGAAUGGGAUGACCAAAGGCAGGUAUCUUCCAGAUGUGAUGGGAGAUGGCCUAGCCAGUCAGAUCAAUAACCCAGAGGUGGAUGUAGAUGUCACCAAACCAGAUAUGACUAUUCGGCAGCAAAUCAUGCAGUUAAAGAUUAUGACAAGUCGAUUGCGUAAUGCGUACAACGGGAAUGAUGUGGAUUUCCAGGAUACAAGUGAUGACAUCAGUGGCUCUGGAAGUGGCGAUGGCUGUCCUGAUGACGUCUGUGGCAAAAGACUGUCCAAGACUAGCAGCACCCAGCUGCCAGAGAUACACGCCAUGCCUAAGCUGUCCGGACAAGGUGUUGGGGGCAGCAGCAGCAGCAGCAUACUUCGGCCUUCUUCUUUUCUUUUAUCACUUACUCUGGCUGUGGCCGCAGUGCAAUACCUGUGGCGAUAACUUGUUUAUGCAGCCUCAAAAAGUGACUGUGGUGGUUGAGGUCUCAAAUUUGCCAAAAAUGUGGACUUAUUUAAUUCAUCUUGGCAAAAUGAGGGAGAUAAAAAGUUCUUGAUUGUUUGUGAUAACCUGGCAGUGCUAGAACUGGUCUUAUUUUAUUUUUUUAUUUUUGGUCUUUUCAAAUGCUGGGCCCUUCUUUCUGUACCUCAUUAUGAAGAAAAAAGAAAGAGAAAAAGUCAUUAAUUUGCCACAAAGAGGUACCCAGGGGGAUACAAAGGAUCUUGGCAGAAAGGUUUAAUGGGGAGGAAAACAAAUGACCCUCAAGGCGAUAUCAUUUUUAUCGACUGCAAUAAAAUAUGCAAGUUUAUCUCAAAUUCUUAUUUAACUGUAGCCAAGACUGUGCUACUUCAGUUUAGAACAAUACACCUUUUUAAUUUCAGGAUUUUUGGAAUUCUGUCAUGAGGUGGCCGUUCAUAAUUUUCCAUUAAGCCAGUGGCAAAGGGCCCCUCCUUUGCUUUGAUCCAGGAUUUACAUUUUCUGUGCAAAUCCAGUGAAUAAAAAGGAUUCAUUCUCCAGGGAUGUGGGGUGAGUCUUUUAAUUCGUGAAUACUUUUGUCUGCUGACAUUAGUAAUUAAAACCACCUAAUAUUUCACUUAUAUCUAAGUAAACUGGAAUGAGACUGGUUUUGCACGAUCCUCUGAAAGUAGCAAUCAAAUUGGUAAAAUGCAAUACAGAGUUGUAAUAUGCAACAUUGUGACAGAAAUAUGCAUGGGAGACUGUUGGGCAAGCUUCAUUUCAGUCUGUGGCUGAAGAUCUUCCUAUUAUAUACAGGGACAAUAGUCGCCUCUUACCAAAGGGAUAAUGCAAAGAACUGUUUUUGUGAGGUUGUGUGUAUUAACUGCUUGUCCUGUUAGCAAAGCCUGUAAGUGACAAAUUGAAAAUACCAGGGAACAGUUAGAUACUAUCAAACAUCCCUGGAAAAUGUAUUUGGAGGUAAUAUCAGUUUUUCAAGUGACUGCUGGUCCUUCCUAUAGUUCCAUCAAUUACGUUGAUGGACAUCAAGCCAACCAAAGCCAUAAUUUGCAUACUCAAAUCAACCAAAUGCUACCCUUUCUCACCUUGUGUGGCAGAAUUGAUCCUAUGUUGUUUGUAACCAUUUUUAUAGUACAAUCUCAUCACUUCAGCAGAUUCUUUUUUAUUAAAAUAAUUGCCAGGUACAUUGUUUGAUGUCAGGUUGGCUGAAAUGAGGAAGAGAUAACAUAUUUUUCUGUUGGGGUAAGUUUUGCUUAGAAGACCUUACACCCAUAAGCAUAUUUUCUUUUCUUCAAAAAUACUUAGCAUAUUAAGGUAAUUCUGUUGCUUUGACCGAAUGAUGGAAAGCUCUUGAUGUGAACUUUAACUGUUAACUCAGUUUGUUUCACGUUGUGAUUUUCCUGUUGGGAAGCUAAAGGUAUGUGAAAACAUAUUUUUACUUCAAGAAAUCAUAUAGGCUUUGCACAAAUGUUGAAACAUUUCUACUGUGUGUCUUGCAUCAAAGACAAAUGUUGUGUUUCUUAUCAACAGCAUCCAAAAAAGCACACUCAGUUAUACAUAAGGGGAGCAUUUCAAGCACCAUGGCAUUAGAAAUGGUGAAACAGUAAGCAUGCAAAUUAAUUCAGUUGGCUUUCCCAUUCCUGGUCCCAUUGGCUUCUUUGCAGCACACGGAAAAAUACUUUUCAGUUCACUCCAAUCAGUACUGCAGAUUCCAAUAGCACUGCUAUUGGAUGUUUUGUUCCCAAAUGUUUUGCACAAAUUAUUUUAAAGCCCUUAUGAGAAUAAUGUCCAUGUUCAUUAUUAAUCUUGUCAAUCUAGUUAUUCUGGGUUUCAAUUAAAUCAUUCUUAAAAUAAUUCUAAAUACAAGUGAGGUGUGAAAAGCAAACAUCUUGCCUCCUUUGAAUGUAAGCUCAAAUACCAGAAAAGUGGACUGUCACAAUCAAAUAGUGUUGUAUACAGAAAUAAACUGUCAUGUGCAACUCAGGAGAAAAUGGAACAGCUAUCGUUUUCUUACCCAUUAAUGAAAUGUUUUGCUAACCUGCUGGAGAGCUGUAAACUAACACAAUCCAGGACCUUAUUUAAGAUCCCCAACUAUGUGUAAUGCCUUCAGUGUGUCAGGUUUAAAAAUGUAGGCCUGCCAAAAUUACAUCUAAAAUAGAAAAAUGUUUUCAUUUGGGUAAAAUGGUUGGAGCAAAAGCAGUAUGCACAUAAGGAGAACAGAUGGCCCACUUAUAUAGUCCCAGGCAUUCUGAUCUUGGAAAGUUGCUUUUUUGAACCACAACCUACAAAAUCCCUCUGCCAGGAGGGCCACUGUCUGUGUUGGUCCAAGUGAACCUGGGUUCUGUGGUCCAAAAAAUCCAAACUUUUUCAAGCUUCUAUCAUAUGAUUCCUCCAACAAGAUUCCCAGACCAAAAAGCUGACAGUGUUGGGAAAUUUGCUUUGCGAAGGAAGCAGGCUGAGUUCCAUGUGCCUAGAUGCCACUUUUACUCUACAGUCUAACCAUUCCUUCCUCUGCUGUUAUACACAAUGGGAAAGACCCAGACUUAAACACCUCUGCUGCUGUCAGAUGUAGUUUGAGUCUAAGCAACAAUAGGUGCUAUUAUAUCUCAUGCUUGUCAGAUUUAAAAUCUUUUGCAGUUUUUUUUUAAACUUUCCUUUGUAAAAUCAAAAUGGCAGUACUCUACUUCAAGGCUUAAAUGCAUUAAGCCAUAGUCUUUAUGUAUCCUGGCAGAUUUAGUAGCUGGACAAAGGAACUUCGCACCCAAGCCCCAUGCAUAACUGUCAACUAGAAACCAAAAUUGUGGAUGUAUAACAUAUUAUUUUGUGCCAUAAUAUGUUUCAGCAGAGUGCAAGGGUUAAUAGAGGCUUUAAGAGCACUAAUAUAUAUCCUUUACAAAUGACAAACAACCUGUUGUUUUCUGGUGGGCUUGUUAGGGAGUUCAAAGUAUGAUAUAUUUAGAAUACACCUGGUCUUUCAAAAACAACAAGAAGAAGCAGUUCUAUCUGAUAAGCUAAGAUUUAUCUCACUUAUUGGCACACUUGGCCAUUUAUAUAUUUCUUUUGGUUACCAAGGUACUUGUAACUAUCUUGCACUGUUGAACUAUGUUCUUUGAAUCCUUGUAUAAAUAAAAAAAAGGCUGGAGACUUAAAUCUAGAUGGUUGCCACUUGCAACAA